AUGUCAACUGUUACUUCACAUUCACCAUAUUUUGUAAUGGAUUCUACAUAUGACUCACAAAACAGUAAAUCAUCAUCUGGUAAUGGACAGAAUGGGAGAAAGUCAAAGAACCACCAGAAUACCACAAGGAAAACUGAUGAGGCUCCUGACUGGUCAAAACUGCCAUUUGUGACAAGAUAUCACCUUGGUCAUUUUAGUAACAAAUGUGAUAAAGAUUGCUCUGAUUCACCUCCACUUAGCUUAGAUGAAGAUAUUACCUCUGAAGAGGAAACAGGAAAUUAUAAUCAAAAGAAUGGGGGUGACAGAAAUUACAGUUUUCAAAAAGUAAUUUGUAAAACAGAUGCAACCAAAGUGUCUCCAGAUAAUGGCAAUGCUUCCCGAUCUGAGCGCACAAAGUAUGAUCUUCGAAAUGAACUUAAACUGAAAAGAAAGAUGACUUCUUCACAUGUAAAGAAGUCACAUACAAGAAACUUAUUUAUCACAAAAAAAUUGCACACAGAUAGACGACUGAAACCUGUUGAUCAAAAAUAUAAUCUAAAAGCUGAGUAUUGGUCUGUCAUUAAGCAGAACAUAGCUAAUCAGAAAUGUAAAACUGAAGAUAUAUCAAAUACUGAGCAGGUAUCGCUGAAAAAGCAGGAUGGAAAUACUGUACGGAUGCCUGCUGGAGGAACUCUCAAAUUUUUGCAACCAGCUUAUGUUGUUGGCACAUCAUCAGCUGUACAGAGUAAUACUGGGGAUAAAUGUCAGGUAAUUGUAAAUAUGGCACAGAACUUUCAAAGUCAGUUUUUGUCUCCUAGUUACAAACUAGCCAUGCAGCCUGAUAUGCACUCAUCACAGAUAACUAAUUUUCGGACAUUACCAGUAACAGUAGCAAAUGCAAUCGAAAAUACUCAGAAGAAUGAGAUCAGUAGAAAUAAACAAAAUUAUGUUCAUGGAAAGUCGUUGCAGACCAACUCCUACUAUGUUUCUGCACCAAGUUUUGAUCGAUCAGUGACUCAGCAAACAAAAUCCAAUCCAGAACCAAUGACAAAACGUAUUCCUCUGCAUGGAUGCCCAUACUGUGAGAAGAAAUUUGACCGACCAUGGGUUUUGAAAGGUCACCUGAGACUGCACACGGGGGAACGACCAUUUCAAUGCCCGAUGUGUGCAAAGAGAUUUGCUGAUAGAAAGACAGGAAAUAUCCUGGGCUGUGGACCAAGUAAAAGUAAUAUUGUAGCUGAGAGCGUCACCUGCUAG